AUGGUGAAUUAAACACAGAAACGGUGCGCGCAAUGAAAAAACCGCGUUGCGGAGUUCGAGACAUCGAGACGCGUCACUCGAACAAGGAGCACAUAUACAAGUGNUCGACGAAUCAUCUUACAUGGAACUUUCUGUUCGCCUCUAGAGCGAAUCUACAAGUAGCGGAGGCAGCGUUCGCGCUGUGGACAGCGAAUUCUUUGCUGACGUUUACACGCAGCAUGCACAAUCCUAAUCUACUCACUGAAAAUCUAUGGAAUAAUCAUCUGUUGCACACGCUGACUCAUGAGAUCGGACAUGCGAUAGGAAUAGAGCACAGUCCACACGACGAUUCGGUAAUGUACGCGUUCGUGCCUGUUAAACAGUGGUCUGUUACGCUCAGCCUGGAUGAUGUUCUGGCUGUGCAAAACCGUUAUGGACCUAACCCGGAUGCACCUGAACUACCACCGGUCUCUACAUUUGUCUUUCUGACGAUUGCACCGCCAACAACAACGACGACGACGCUGCUGCCGCCGUCGCUGCCGCGUAAACUCAAACCUCUACCGUCACCUAAGAACGCGUGCGAGGUGCGNAAUCCCGACGCAGUACUUUUAACAACCACCAUUACGUUCAUUACAAAAGAUAAAUACGUGUAUAUAGCCUCUGCNAACUGGGGUCCGCAUUUUUAUCCACGUCUGUUGAUAGAAUACUUGCGCUUUCUCCCAUCCAAUUUUACAAAGUUGGAUGCGGUUUAUCAACAACNAUCCGGCAAGCUCGUGCUCUUCGCCGAUGGUUACGUGUACUUGGUUUCCUAUCCCAGUUUACAAUUGCAAAACGACGAUUGUCACUUGAGAAUUAAAGAAUACAGCAAAUUGAAACUGACGUUUCCAGGAGUUCUGUCAA